AUGGAUUCUACUACUACUACUACAACUACAUCUACAACCUCUACAAAUAGUAAUGUAAAUAUUCAAAGAGAUACAGAAGUAGCAAAUGCAAAAGGAAAAAUCAUUGUUGCCCAAUCAUUAUAUGAUGAAGGUGAUUUCGUUUCAUGUUGUGAAUUACUUGGUAGUUGUUUAAGUACAUUAACUGAAAUUCAUGGAGAAAUGUCAAUUGAUGUUGCACCUGUUUAUGUUAAAUAUGGUCGUGCAUUGUUGUUCUCAUACAAGACUAAUGAAUCUGAUGUUUUGGGUUCAAAGCUACAGGAUCAAGAGCAGGAGCAAGAGCAAAGCAGUGAGAGUGAAACAGAGACAACAAAGUCAGCGGCAAAGUCAAAGACAAAGACUGUGCUUCCUAAAGAAGAUAGUAUAGAUGAUAAACCACAUCUUGAGGAGGAUGACGACGAAGAGGAAGAAGAAGAAGAAGGAACUACAACAACAGCAGCAGCUACCACAUCCAAUAAUAAUAAUAAUGAGAAUGAAGACGAUCCAAGAAUCACUGCAUUGAAACAACAGGCUCAAUCUGAUGCUGAAACUUUGGAGUUGUCUUGGGAGGUCAUAGAGUUGGCCCGUCUCAUCUACGAGAAGGAUCAAGCAGACAAUGGAACCAACAGAUACAAAGAGUUAUCCGAUAUUCAUAUGUUAAUUGCUGAUGUUUUAGUUGAAUUGGAAAAUCUUGAUGAUGCUUUGAAAGAAUAUGAAUAUGCUUUGGAAUUAAGAAAGAAGAAUGAUAAAGAGAAUGAAAGAACACAAGCUGAAGUUUUAUAUUAUAUUGGUUUAGUUUAUCAAAUAAAGAAUGAAUCAAAGUUGGCAGAGGAUGCAUACAGAAGAGCAACCGAUAUUCUUUCUAAAUCAUUGGAACGUCUCCAAAAUAUGCCGGAACCUCCAAUUGACGAUAUUCAAGAUUUAAAGAACGUUAUGUUUGAAUUACAAUUAAAGUUGGAUGAAGUAGUACCAAUCGAUACAUCAAAGGAACCAGUACCAAAGGAGUUGGAAAAUGCGCCGACUGAAAUUACAAUUUCAACAUCAGCCAGUGACCAGACUGUUGCACCUGGUACUGAAGUCAAACGUUUGGGUACAGUUGGUAAGGCCACUAAGAAGUUGACUCUUGAUCCAACUGGAAGUUCACCCGUUAAGCAAACAAGCACCAAUUCCACAACAACAACAACAACUGCUCCAGCCGAAGAGAACAAUGCCGCCACCAAGUCAAAGAGAAGACUUGAAGACAUGAUGAGUGGUGGCGAAUCCAUCUCAAUUUCAACCGGUCCAACAUCAACACCUUCCUCUGCUGUUCCUACACCAACCAACGAAGUUGAAAAGAAACAAAAAGUAGAACAUUAA